UAGCGCUUGUGAAAUCUAGUGUAUGCAAUAAGACAAUUUCAAUGACCUCCAAGUAGAAAUAUAGAAGGGAUCGCACUUCUUCUAGUUGUAGAUUCACAAAGAGAUAUAUGGAUUACUUAGUUCUGAUUUUGUAUUUGUACCUCCUCUGGGGCUUGUUCCAUGCUCUCUCUUUCGUUCCCGACAGAGGCCAAAGAGCUCGGCCCUCCAAACUGCCCCCCGGUCCACGGCCUCUCCCGAUCAUCGGCAACCUCCUCGAGCUCGGAGAUCUUCCCCACAAGUCCCUCACUAAGCUCGCUCACACUUACGGCCCCAUCAUCAAGCUGGAACUCGGCUUCGUGACCACGGUGGUGGUCUCUUCACCGAUGCUCGCCAAAGAAAUCCUCCAGACCCACGAUACUGUCUUCUCGAAUCGUAUGAUUCCGGAUUCCAUCACAGCCCAUGACCAUGACAAGCUAGGCUUGGCCUGGUUACACGUUUCGCCUCUCUACCGAAACCUCAGGAAAAUAUUCAACUUGUAUAUCUUCACCCGCAAAAAACUCGAUUUGAACCAACACCUUCGCGGCAAGAAAGUGCAAGAGCUGGUUGCCUUUGUGAGGAAAUGCGUGUAUGCUGGCGAGGCAGUGAAUAUCGGUGAGGCGGCUUUCAGGGCCAGCCUUAACGCGAUAUCGAACACGGUUUUCUCUUUGGACAUGACGGAACCUUCGAAUCCAGCUGGAGAGCUGAAGGAGGUGGUGUGGCAAAUCAUGGUUGAGAUUGGAAAGCCUAACCUGGCAGAUUACUUUCCCGUACUCAAGAAGAUUGACCCGCACGGUUCGAAGCGUCGCCUUGAGGCGAAUUUCCAGAAGAUGUUCGACUUUUUCGACGAAGUGAUCCAGAGAAGGUUGCAGCUGAGGACAGAGAACAGUUCGGUGAGGUGUAAUGAUGUUUUGGAUAAUCUGCUUGAUGUAGUUGAGGAUAAAAAUGAGACCCUGGACAUCUCCCGUGUCAAGCAUCUACUUCUGGACAUAUUCGUCGCUGGUAGCGAAACCACUUCGAGCACUCUGGAGUAUGCAAUGACGGAACUACUUCGCAACCCAGAAAAGCUAUCAAGAGCCCAGGCCGAGCUCCAUCAAGUUAUUGGCAAAGGCAAGAAGAUUGAAGAAGACGAUAUUUCUCGCUUACCUUAUUUACAAGCUAUCUUGAAAGAGACUUUCCGAUUGCACCCAGUGGUUCCUCUCGUUCCUCGGACAUCUGGAGGGAAUUCGGUUAUAGGCGGUUUCACCAUUCCAAAGGGUGCACAAGUUCUCAUAAAUGUGUUUGCGAUAGGACGAGAUCCGAGCAUUUGGGAUGAUCCAGACAAGUUCGUGCCCGAGAGAUUUCUUGGAUCCGAUAUUGAUGUUAGGGGACAGAACUUCGUGCUGGUACCGUUUGGUGGUGGCAGGCGGAUUUGUCCGGGAUUGCCAUUGGCCAUGAGAAUGUUGCCUUUGAUGCUCGGUUCGCUCAUUAACAUAUUCAAUUGGAAGCUCGAAGAUGGUGUUAUCCCUGAGAACAUGAACAUGGAAGACAAGUUCGGAUUAACCAUCCAAAAGGCUCAAUCUCUAAAAGCUGUGCCCAUUCCUAUAUGAAAGGAGUAAUUGUAUCGAGUAUAUCUAAGUGAGUCUAUAUAUAUUAAAAAAUAAGUGCAAGGAAUGAAUGCAUGUUCGCGUUACAUUCUAUGUAAUUAUGCUUGAUUGUGUUGAUCGCAUCGUCUAUUUAAAGAAAAUAAAAGUAUUAUUUUGGUAAAUCGUGCGUUUUUUCUUGAAUUUAUAUCCUGGCAAAUAAAGAGAUAUUAGAGAGGGAAAAGAAUUUCCCAAUAUAGUAGAUGUUGAAGAACAGGCCAGAGAUUUGGGAAAUCUUACCUCUCUUUAUCUGUGUAAUCUCUUUUCCUUACAAUCCGUAUGUGGUGAUAACUUUAAG